AUGACAACGACGAGUGCAUACAUUCAGACUCGGGAGACGGCCCCGGACGGCCCCCGCGCGAAAGAUCCCCGUUCGGCGUGGCCUCCUACCCCGCUGGAUAGUGUUGGGUCAUCGUCGUCAGGCCACCAUGUAAGUUCACUCCGUCCCAACUGCCCUCAGGUGACCCUCUCGACUCGACUCGACUCCAUAGCUGGCGUGACUGGAGUUUCCUGCGCCGACUUGCCUGGGUCGCUGUCCUCAAGCCACGCUCGCAGUCCAUCCACAUUCUCGUGCACGGCCAAGAACUGACACGUACCUCAUCCUCACACUUGGAACCAGGACCGAAUACUGGAUCUCCAAAGACCGCUACUGGUGCAAGCAAGUCCCCUUCCUCACUGCCCACACCUCCCCGUCGUUCCAGCACCCCUAACCCUUUCCCUCCUUGCCCCAGAUAUUGUUCCAUCUACAUCGCCGACGACAAACCCUCGCGCAUUCACCACGAAACCGGUCUCAAACAUAAGGGUCAUUAUGAGCGGUACAUCAGGGAGAUCUAUAAGCGUGGCGAGAGGGAGAAGAGGGAGAAGAAGGAGGAGGCCGACGAGAUGGCCAGGAUCGAAAAAGUCCGUAGUCGAGUGGCUUUUCCUUUCGGUUUGGAUUUCGGAUCGAAGCUGAUGAGGUUUGUGUGUUGCCCUUACAUCGUAGGCCGCACGAUUGGCGAUGGGCUCUUCCUCCCUCGACCUUGGCCAAGGCAACUCCUCAACCCCCCAUGCCUCCACCUCCAAACCAACCCCGGCAGGUCCCCCCGAUCCUUUCGCAUCCUAUACGACCGCCGCAGACCUAGGCUUCAAAGACGAGCCGGUCAUUGUCGAUCCUGCGAUCGAAGCGAGGGAGAAGGAUAAAGAGACGAGGCAGACCGAGGGGGUCAUUGGGCAAUGGGAGGUCGUGAAGAAGAAGAAACCUUUGUCAACGACGUCGGGGGUGACUACGAUGAACGCGCGCGUGGUCCUUCCUCCUCCUCAAUGGAUGCAGAACUCGCCUGGGUAUACGAACGGGGUCAAAGUAGAGACCGAGGUCAAACAAGAAGGAGAAGACGAACAAGGUGCCGAGCCUGAAGAACCGGAACAAGAACGACCAAAGGCCGCCCCAAAAUACCUCAACGAAAAAGCCUACGCAGCCGACAAAGACGAUUACGACCCGAGCAAAGUCGGACCCGUCAAAUUGAAGCGUAAGAUCUUGACGCUCAAGGAACAGCAAGAGAUUGACGAGAGAGAAAGGGAGAAGAAGAGGAUCAAGGAGGAGAUUGAGGAGACGAGGAAGAGAGCCAAACUGGAACGAGGGAAUGGGUGGAGUCAGGUUGAGGUUGGUGAAGAGGGGUUGUUGGAGUUCGAGGAACCUCCGGAAGCUGAAGGGGAGGUGAAACAGGAAGAGGGUGAUGUUGCUAAACCCUCCAUUGCCGAAGAGGGACAGGACAAGCUCAAGGUGGCAAGCGGCUUCAAGAAGCGCAGAAUGCAUGGCGCGAAUGCUGUGAGGAAGAAGUAG